AAAGCACCCCCGUUCUGGCUUUUUACUCCCACCGUUAAUUCGGCCAAUAGGACCAAUACACUACAACGCCAAUGGCCGCGAUCCGCCGCCCAGCCCUGUCAUAGUUUCAUUCCAAAGGCACCACUCCCCCAUCUCUCCCAUCAACACCAACACCCCCGCAACGCGCCACAGCUCUUUGCCCAAAAAAAAAAAAAAAAGAGGGGGGAGUGAAAAACCAGGUCAUCCGGUCAACUAUAUUGGCCACCACUCAGUCUCCACCACGUGUCAGUAAAUCAUGCUCAUCGUCUACGCUUAGGUGGCUUUCUGCGGUUGCUAAAAAUAUCAUUCGGUUGCAUUCAUUUUUCAUUUUUUCUGCUGAGAAAAAAGAAGUUGCUUUCGAUUUCAGUCCUGGGGAAGGGGAGGAGAAGUUAUGAGAUCUUAUUUUGAUCUUAUGUUUGGAUCAGUUUGGGCUUUUAUUGCUAAUUUCCUAUUUGGAGUCAGCCAAAAGGAUUAGAGUAAGGUUCUUGAUUGAGUUUGCUGGGAUAUGGUUGAGGAGUUGACGAAUGCUGGGUGCUGCCGAAUUGAUGUAGGUGUUUCAUUUUGAUUAUAUCUUCCGCAUUUUUUCAGACAAUCAACCUCAGUCUUCCGAAGAUUAAGGCUUUUUGUAUGGCGCAGCCGCUAUAACUGAUCGAAGUUGGUGUUAUUUUCAUAAAUAACAAAAGAUUUGGUUGAUUUGCUUCUCCGCCAUUCUGAAUCUAAGGAGUUGUAGUUUAGAGUGCUGAUUUUCUGUGGAGAAGGAUAUUCCGAGAUAUCGGUAUCUUCUGAGGAAGGAACUUAGUUGAUGAUCUGGAAUAUGGCAGCUGGUACUGAUUGUCCGCCGCCAUUCACUGUAUUAGACAGUGGCUAUAUUAAAGAGAGUGUGCCUCAAGUAGAGGAUGAACUAUUGGAGAGUUAUGAUGACUUGAAAGAGACACCAAAUGAACUGUUGGAGGGUUCUGAUGACUUGAAACAGACACCAAAUGGUAAACCUCCGCGACAUUCUGUAAGCUCUGCUACGUUGCUACAGCCAAGUGAUGUUGAUUUUGAUCUGACAGUGUGUGGACAGAAGUCACCAUCUGAUGGAAAAUCAAGCUUCCUACCAAUUUUUCGGUCAGGGUGCUGUGCUGAAAAAGGGCCCAAGCAAUAUAUGGAGGACGAACAUAUAUGUAUAGAUAAUCUAUUUGAACAUUUAGGUGAAACUGCAGGUUUCCCUUCUCCUGGAGCUUUCUAUGGGGUUUUUGAUGGUCAUGGUGGUACAGAUGCUGCAAUAUUUAUUAGAAAGAAUAUUCUCAAGUUCAUAGUCGAUGAUUCUUCUUUUCCAUUGUUCUUGGAGAAGGCAAUUAAGAACGCUUUUCUAAAAGCUGAUUAUGCCUUUGCUGAUGAUAGUAUUCUGGACAUCUCCUCUGGCACCACAGCCCUGACUGCAUUGAUAUCUGGAAGAACAAUGGUAGUCGCAAAUGCAGGUGAUUGUCGUGCUGUGCUGGGGAAACGAGGUAGAGCUAUUGAGCUGUCAAAAGACCACAAACCAAACUGUACAUCUGAAAGAAUUCGAAUAGAGAAACUUGGAGGUGCCGUGUAUGAUGGGUACCUAAAUGGCCAAUUAUCUGUGGCACGUGCAAUUGGAGACUGGCACAUGAAGGUUCCUAAAGGUUCAUCUUGCCCUCUAAGUGCAGAGCCAGAGUUGCAGGAGAUUCUUUUAAGUGAGGAUGAUGAGUUCCUCAUUAUGGGAUGCGAUGGUCUUUGGGAUGUCAUGAGCAGUCAGUGUGCCGUUACAAUAGUAAGGAAGGAACUAAUGAUUCACAAUGAUCCUGAAAGAUGUUCAAGAGAAUUGGUUAGAGAAGCACUGAAGAGGAAUACCUGUGAUAAUCUGACGGUCAUUGUGGUUUGCUUUUCACCAGAUCCUCCGCCUAGAAUAGAACUGGCCCCAACUCGGGUCCGAAGGAGCAUAUCAGCAGAAGGACUGAAUCUUCUUAAAGGUGUAUUGGAAUUGUAAUUUGUAAGAAUUGUAAUGUACAAGGAUAACCGAAGGGAACAUUGGACUGGUGAAAAGAGUUGGGUGAGGUAAAGGAGGACAUCUUAAUCGUGGGAUAUUUUACAUCCAUCGCCGGACUGGUGAAAAGAGUUGGGUGAGGUAAAGGAGGGCAUCUUGAUGGAUGGGGAUAUUUUACAUCCCUAGCUGCUGCUGCUGCUGUUUCAUUUGCCUUGAUGUAAUUUUGGAUCCUUUGUACUGCAGAUGUAUGUGUUGUACCAUUAGGAUGAUUUGUCAUUUGAAUUCCGGUGGCACCCAAAACUUCCCCUGAUGUACAUAAGUAAGAAGAUUAGUCACUGUUGGCAAUGAAGUCUGGAUCAGUUAUUCACUUUAGGAGUAAAUGAUCAAUUUUCAUCU